UUCACUUGAACUGAUUUUAACUAUUUAGUAUGUUUAUUUUAGUUCGGAUGGAAGUGAAAGAGCAAAGACAAGAACUAAACGAGGAGGAGGAACAUCGUAACUUCAAAACCCGAAGAAAAUCCAAAAAGCGGCACAUUUGCUCACAGUGUGGAAAGAGUUUCAGACUUAAAUUAGGUCUCAGUAAUCAUCUGUGGCGCCACUCUGGAGAAAAGCCAUUUAACUGUGAUCAAUGUGGUAAAAAGUAUACUUCGUUAUCAAAUCUAAAUCUUCACCUGAAAGUUCAUUCAGAUGAGAAGCCUUACGUGUGUUCUGUCUGUGGAAAGAGUUUCUCUCGGCUGGACUGUUGUAAACAGCAUCAGAAAACACAUGAUGAAGUGAGAGAUCAUGUGUGUUGUGAGUGUGGGAAGAGCUUUACUACAGCCGGCCAGUUGAAACAGCAUCAAAUAAUUCACACUGGAGAAAGACCUUACAAGUGCUCCUAUUGUGACAAGAGUUUCACUCAGCCUGGAAACCUGAAAUCUCACGAGCGUGUUCAUACUGGAGAGAAGCCGUACCAAUGUACUCAGUGUGGAGAGCGUUUCAAAUAUUCAACUAUUCUCAAUGAUCACAUGCGCGUUCACUCUGGAGAAAAGCCAUUUAACUGUGAUCAGUGUGGUAAAGAGUUUAAUUCAUCAUCAAAUCUAAAAAAACACCUGAAAGUCCAUACAAAUGAGAGGCCUUAUGUGUGUCCUUACUGUGGGAAGAGUUUUUCAGUGUUGGUCAGUUGUAAUCUGCACCAGAAGAUCCACACUGGUGAGAAAGAUCACUUGUGUUGUGAGUGUGGGAAGGGCUUUACUACACUUGGCCAACUGAAAUGCCACCAAAAAAUUCAUACUGGAGAAAAACCGUACAAGUGCUCAUAUUGCGACAAGAGUUUCACUCUGUCUUCACAACAGAAAUCACAUGAACGAAUUCAUACCGGAGAGAAGCCGUACAGCUGUACUCAGUGUGGAGAGAGUUUUAGACAUUCAAACUCUUUAGUGAAUCAUAUGAAAAAGCAUUUUCCAUCAAGUCCAUCCAGUUAGUUCGGAAGUCGUGGCCUAAUGGUUAGAGAGUUGGACUCGUAACCCAAAGG